AUGAGUGAUUCAUCAGAUCAAAAUGAGCCACCAAAAGAUCCUAAAGAAUUGGAAAAACUGGAGGAAGCUAAAUUAAAAGCUAAGUUUCCAAAUGCAAUGCUUGGCCGAGGUCCCAGUGGCCAUUCAGCUUUUCUUCAAAAGAGAUUGGCUAAAGGUCAAAAAUUCUUUGACUCUGGUGAUUACCAAAUGGCAAAGCAGCGGCCAGGAAAUCUCUCAGCACCAUUUAAAGCACCCGCUGUGCCGCCCAAGCUGCAAACUGGAGAUGCCAUCCCUACACCUGACACUGUGCCACUGAGGAAGACGUCAAUAAUACAGCCCAAGUACCAGCCGCCCAGCCAUGGCCAGACUUCC